AUGGCGUCUUCCUCCGUCCAAGAUUCCUGGCUCAAUUCGAACAUUACCACUCCAACCCCAACUGCCUUCGACGAUCACGAGAUCCCACGUUCCAUCUCUCCUCUCUCAUUGUCUCAUAACUUCUAUCCUCCAGCUGCACCGCAAAGAUCUCCUCCAUAUCCAAGCCCUAAGUUAGCUCCGGAUCUCAAGAGAUCAAGAUCUAAAGACAGCAAGUACAGCAAAAAAGAAAUGGUAUAUCGAGCCAUCGAUGACAAGAUUGACUUGGUCAGAUUCUUGCAGGCGUAUGAGAGUAUACUUGCUGCUUUUGGUGUGAAGACCAGAGAAGUGAACGACGAAAGAGAGAAAGAGAAGCUGGACGUGGCGGAACGGAUUGUUUAUAGAUUAUUUUGGAAUGAUUUAAAAUAUGCGGGAAGUAGAGGAAGUGAAAGUGUGCCACUAACGCAUGUCAAGGCGAAAAAUCAGGUAGUGGAUACGGGUACAAGUGCCUCGCGGCUACUGAGAGUUACGCCAUCGGAAGUAGAUGCUAUAAAUGCAAUUGUGGAUGAAGCAUACGAAGGUCUUCGUAUGGCCACUGGACCGGUGAUUGAAAAUAUACUUAACAAGGGUAAAGUUACUUCAACUAUCACAGAGGUGAGAGAAGUGGGCGACGCGGCGGAUGAAAUUGAUCCAUUGGUAAAUGCAAAUGCAAAAUCUAUGAAUAGAAUUGUCGAGGAUGAUCUUGGUGUCGCUGCAGGACCACAAACUAACAUCAGUGCCGAAAAGAGCCAGAUCACCUCUGAGGUUACAGAAGUAGUUGAGGCACCUAUUGAGAUUGAUUUACCACUGGUGGGAUUCCUCAAAGAUGGAAGUUUGGAUGAAGAGCCUACUGUUUUCGCAAACCAUGUAGCCAAUAUCAUCGAUGAAAAGAAUUCGAUCUUCUCUACAAUUACAGAAGUCGCAGAAGCACCAAGAAGUUUUCGCCUAGCUAUAAGGUCUAAGUCGACUAGUGAUCUUACGGAUCCUCCUACAGUUAUUUCAAUCAAGUCGGAAGCCGAUAUAUCUAUAGAAACCCUUUACGAACAAUACAUGAAAAGUCCAGAGAUCCUACUCCUCGGACGAUGGGGUCGCGAGAGAUACAAUGAAUGGAAACGGGAAAUUGCUAAAGCUCAAAAUGAAAUCGCAAAGGAAGAAAUUUUUCGUCUGAUGGAAUUGAAACAACAACUCUUGCCGCUCGAAUCGGGAAAACAGCCUUACACCUACGGCUUCACAACAUUCACUCAAAACCAUAUAGAUUCUUCAGCUCUUCAGCUCUGGAGCUUCAAUCCAGUUGAAAGGACCGAAGAGCUUCUGGGUGUCAAGUUGCUGUGGAGAUAUGAAGCAUUCAUUCUCAAGAGCAUCACUGUGGAACCGCUAAGCCUUGAUGAUUUAGCUGCGGAUGAGACUAAAGGUCGCCGGGCACUGGAGAACGCAUAUAAAUUCCUCGGAUUUUGGGACUGGUCGGCUCGAUCUCCUUGCAAGGAAGGGGCGAAAGCAAAACCUAUGCAUCAAAUUUGCUUGCAAUGGCUUGAUCCUAAUAAUGUGUUCCGCAAAGCUCAUUUUCAAAAGAGAUCAGUUUCUAAUACGUCGGAAAAGAUUAAAAGAAAUCGUGAGGGUAGUGGCAGCAAGGAUGUCAGAAGUUGGAGGGAGAAACGCACGGUUAGUGGUGCGAAUUAUAUUGGGGGAAAGAAAAGGUGUGUGAGUGGGAGUUGGUAUGGAGGUAAGAAAAGAAAGAUUACUGGGAAUAGUGAUAUUGAGAGGAAGUAUGGGAUGAAAGAGAAUUUGAGUCAAGGACGACGGAUAGCUGGAAAAAAGACGGCGAUAGAGAUCUGGGAUGCUAGAGAGCAUUGUUGA